GCUCAGGCAGCACUGUCAGAAAAAAACAACCACUGAGAGGCUUUUAUUUUUCUUUCUGCCAUGAAGUGAGGAACCCUGCGGUCUGCGUGGACGCGCCUGGUCCGUGUUUGUCUCGUUUUCUUUGAAAGAGGCUGAAAACUAAGCAGCGGGAUCCAUCGGAAUGGAGCCCUGCCGCUGACGGAGACUCCCGAGAUAACAACAGCCCACAGGUCCUGCCCCCUAAGCUCACCUUCCCUUCGGAGAACUUUCAGCAAACAACAAAGAGCUGGAGCCGAGACGAUCAAGCAUGGACGUGCCCAGGAUGGCCGAGGGCCUCUUCAGCAGCACGCUGUCCUCGUCGGGAGGCGGCCAUCACGUGCCUUCGUACCUGACGCUGGAGCAGAAGGCCGCCUUCGUCUUCGUGCUGCUGCUCUUCAUCUUCCUGGCCCUGCUGAUCGUGCGCUGUUUCCGCAUCCUGCUGGACCCUUACCGCAGUAUGCCCUCGUCCAACUGGACAGACCACACCGAGAAAGACACGUUUGACUACCGCAUCGUCUGAGCCGUCCCCCAGAGCGCACGGGCUACAUGUGAAGUUUAAAUUGACUGACUAAGACGCUUAAAAAAAAAAGCACCGUGGCCCUCAGAACAAAUGACUGCCAAUUCUCCUGGAAGAAAAGAAACAGCUGUCAGAAAAAUCUCCUGAAAGUUCAGACUGAAAGUAAAUUUGACAGCGUCGUCUAAAGUAAUUCAACAGCUUCUCCCUGCCAAAUUAGAAAAUUCUUAACAAUAACAAGACAGGCAGAACUGUGGUGUGAAUAUAAAUGAUAGAGCAACACCCUGACAUGGUGCAGCGGAGCCAGUAGAGGUUGGCCCUCCCUUUCCCUGUCAUCAGUUCCCGUGUGGACUACCUCACUCCUCCUCCAUCUCAUGUCUGGAAGUGUUUCCUCACAUCUCACACAGGGUCCAAUUAUCCUUUGAGACACAAGCCAGAUGGAUUAAAACAGUGUUUACAUCUCGUCAUGUUUACGUACAUCUUAGGCUUUCUAUUGAAAAGGUAGACAAUCAGUGUUUAAAAUAGUUACAGUAAAACAAUUUUUAGUGUAAUCAGUCUGGGAUGAGGUAUUUUGUUAAUAGUAUUUAGUUUUACUUCGAGGAAAAAGUUCAAAAGACUUUGACACAAUGCAGCC